AUGGAAGAUGCCAAGGGAAGAUACCUGGGACAAUGUGUUCCCCUUCACAAAGCAGCACUGAAAGGUGAUUGGAAAGAAGCGAGUAAAAUGUUGGAACAAGAUUGGGAGCUGCUUACAUCCGCCAUAACAAAGGGUUGGGCCACAGUCCUCCACAUAGUAGUGGGUGCUAACCAUGUUCACUUUGUGGAGGAGCUACUAAAGCUAAUGCAACCUGAUGAAUUAGAAUUGCAAGACUUAAAGGGUAACACUGCAUUCUGCUUUGCUGCAGCAGUAGGGAAUGUGCAGAUUGCUCAGAUCAUGGAGAGAAAAAAUGAAUCCUUGCCAACAAUCAGGGGUGGAGGAGAUUUCACUCCUCUUCACUUGGCUGUUUUACUGGGAAGAACUGAAAUGAGAGAAGAAAUCUACGGCGGCCAUCGGCCAUCGGGUUGGCACCAUGGAGGAACCUACGGCGGAGGAACCAUUGUCAUUGUCUCCAGCGUAACCUUUACCCACCUCGAAGACCAAAUCUGGGCCCAAACCAGCGAUCCCCACCGCGAAGCAGAAGACCAAAUUAAGCGUCUCACCAAGGACCCUCAGGUCGUUCUUGCUCUGGUCUAG